GAGACAAAGAAGAGAGAGUUGCUCAUUCCCUAUCAAGUGUCAACUCAAUCUUUACUCGGGAUUUAGGGAUAGGGUUUCAUUAUCUGUUCUCAUAUUUUCUAUUCUGAAUUCUGGUUUCUCAUUUCUUCAAUCUCAUGAUUCCUCGUAUUGAUUAGGACUUCGGCUUGUGCUUUGGGAUUUGGAGUUAGGGUUUUUAACUCGCCAUUUGGGUUAGAGUUGGGCAUCUCUUACAGCUCCGACUUACAGCUAAGUUUGGGGAUUUUACAAAUAUCCAGCUUUUUUCUUAUUUCUGUUAACGGAGUAUCAAAGAGGAAUUUGGGCCAUAAAACAAUAAACUGAUCAAGUAUUUGAUAGCCAAGGAUUUCGACAUGGACUGGAAUCUCAUCAACAAUAGUGAUGAUCACAUUGUUCCAGUGGAUCGUCAAAAGGCAUCAGAGAUGAUAUGCAAUGACCACAAAGUUCCAUCACCUGAUGCUUGGCUCCAACAGGGAGUGAACAAACGAAUAAAACGGUGUUCAUCAAAUUGGAUAUCUACCUCAUUCUCGGAACCUUGGGGAAGUGAAAAUAAAACACCAAAUCUUGAUAUGGAAAGCCUUUACUCCGAACUUUACGGUGAAUCUAUUUCAAAUCAAGAGGGGAGUUCACACACUGAAGAUGAAUCACUGUUAUCAUAUUUGGAUGAUGAAGACUUCUCGAAGACCUCACAGCUUAAGCUCAAUGAGGACCCUCCCAUUCAUGGAAUUUAUGGGAAUCUCUCUUGGGUAAAUUAUAAGGUAGGCAAGUUCGGUGAUUUACCUGAGAAUGAAUUGUCAGAUGAAGGGUCAGAUUAUCAGUUGGAGAACCAAUGGGAGGAUGAUCAGCCCCCAAGAAGAAUGCCCCAGAUUGGCAGUAGUUCUUUCAUAAACCCAUCGUUGGAAGUGGAUUUACCAGGUAUCGAAACGUUUUUGCAAUCACCAGAGCAAUUAAAUGGCCCGGAAUGCAGCUUAAGGGCAUAUGAGAAACUUUUGGAAGAGAUGUUUAUCGAUCCGUUAAGCUUUGUGAAGGAAUCAUCUUCAACUGAUAUCUCAAAUCAUCUGAAAACUAGUGAUGCUCCUUCGGCAGCAGAUCUUAGAUCAAGUGAUUGGGAAGAAGAUUCAAAACAAGAAGCUUGCUCUCAUGGUCUAGCAGGUUGUUAUGAGAGGGAGGAAGGUCCCUUAAUUGUGAAGGGACCAGUUUUCACGUCAGUGACCCAUACUGGUAUGAAUGAAUUUCACAUGGAACAACCAAAGUUGGAAGAAGAAGAAAGCUCGGCAGAAUUGGUGCUGCAGGAGCUUGAAGCUGUAAUUACACAGUUAAACCCUAAUGCUAGGAUCUUUUUCCGGGAUGCCUUGUAUCGCAUGGUUGCAAUUUCAAAGCAACAGAUAUCUAGAAAAGAAGGCACAAAUACUAAACCAAUCAUGGAUAGGUCGUGCCCUUCUUUGACAUGCACUGGGAGUUCAAGGAAUGGAACAUCAAGAUGGAUGGAAUCUCAAACAAAUCGGUUUGAUCGCUUUAUUGCAAACUUGCUAUUCAACAGUCGAAACUGAAUAUUUACAGAAGCUUCAUUUACAUCAAACUAUCAUUGUGAAGAGAGCCUCAUAGCCACCUUGAUAAUAUCACUCUGAGGCUAUUCAACAUCCUAGACUCUGCAAAGACUGUUUGACUGUACGCAGCACUUGCAUGUCGCGAGUAAGCUAAUUCGUUAAUGACAGUGUAGAAUGCUCACAUUAAAAACGACUCGACCGUUGGUUGUCACAUCAUUUAUUUGUGUAUAUUUGUUAAGGAUUUGUGAGCGGCAUGGACAAUCUGCUACGGUCGGUACAUAGUAAUGUUCAAAUGUUUAGACCGUUUGUACAGCUUAAGAACUUCACAAAGAAGGCGAGUUUUCCAUGGAUGGGGAGAAACA